AUGUGCGAGCGAGGAGGGUCCUUUGGCGAGGGGGAGCUAAGGAAUAACAACCAGCAGGGUGGAGUGCUGGCUGACGGUGAUGCCAACGCCAAUGACAUCCAGACCGAGGAUGGCAGGAGGAUGGGUGAUACUGACACUUUGUCCGGGCUGAUGACUGAAACAGGAGAGCAGGACAAAGUCAUCAUCUGGGGUACAGACUCCCAGUGUGACGACCCAGAGCUGGCUGAGUUUGAGAUGCUGGAGUGUCAGGAGCUAGAAGCCUACCUGGUUGAGGAGGGAGAGGACUUUGUCGGGCUUGCAGACCGGAAAGAGUUUCAAGGACAGCCUUCAUCAUGCGCCAAAGCUACAGCAGAACAGGCAACAGACAAUAAGAGCAGGGAGGAGAGAAGGUCUGUUCUGCGUGGUGCUAGUGAGAAUGAAUCUAGUGCCUCUCAUGUCUCCGAGAACAGAGAAGCAUCCAAGACUGAGUUAAGCUCAGAAACUGAUGUCUUUGUGACCUGUCUGUCCACCACUUCAAUCAUGGACACUGCUGGCUUGACCCAGACGACAGACUCCUGGCACAUUGCCUCUGGUCCUUGCUCAACCAUCUCAGAAGACCCGACUCUGGUCUCCCAAACUUGCAACACUGCCGCUGGGAGAGGCAAGUCCUCUCAAAGAGCCGACCAGCCUUCGCUCUCCUCUGGACAAAGCACAACACAACGGAAAGAUGUGGACGUGAAUUUGAAUUCAACAGUUCACUCAGAGGAUGUGGUAUCACAGGUGAACAAUGGAGUCGCUCCAUGUACGGAUGUCAUUGAUGAGUGCAGGAAGAACAAUAACCAGAGAAAUAAAGCAGGGAAUACCAUUUCAGAGCUAGAUUGUGAUCAAGGGAGAAGUACUGAGCACAAGUGUUUGCCCACUACAAAAAAAUCACACGAAGAAAGCAACACAAAAAUGGAUAAAAGCACACAAGCUGAUGAGGCUCCUGAUGUGAACUACAGCCCACAUAAAACAGGUACAAAGGGCACCCAGUCGUCAACUGAAUCCAAAGCCAUAAAGAAACAAGCAUCAUUUGAUAACACAUUGAAAAAACAAAACUCUUUUGACAAGAGUUUCAAAAAGCAGCCAUCGUUCGAGAAUGCUUUCAAGAAGCAGCUCUCCUUUGAUGACACCUUAAAAAAGCAGGGCUCUUACGAGAACUCCGCCACCGCCAGCUCUUCAAGUCUGGAGAGAAGGAAGCCAUGGGGAAGCCCCAGUCGACCAGCAACUCCGAAUUCCCCCAAAACUACCUCCUGUUCCCCCAAGAGACGACCGAGUGGUUCGCCAGCCAAGGUCCAGGGCGUCAGGGCAGUGAGCUUGGAGCGUGGCGACUCUCCCCAGAGAGGUUUAAGUCAAACAGUCAAACCAGCAGGUAAGACAGGUGUGAGCAGUGGCAUCCCCAAACCUUUCGUGCCUCAACAGAGAGAGCCUGAACCCAGGAGGUCUUCUCCUCCCCAGAAGCCUAAAAAUGUCCGACCAAAAAUCAUCACCUAUGUUCGAAAGAAUCCUCAAGCAAAACCACAAGUGACGGACGCCCCACUCGAAGCCUCCACACACCCACUGAGACUAUCUUCUUACUCCAGCCCACCAGCUCAUAAAGAUCUAAAGGUUGGUCCUCAACCUAAAUCCACACCGGUGCUAUGUUCCUCCAACCUGCUGUUUGACAAAUAUCGACAGGAGAUGCAGAAGGCGGGGUACUAUCCUCCAGGCACGGCUGUGACCGGGAUGAAACCUCCGAGCAGCACCGUCCCUCAAAGGCUGAGUGGGAAAUCAGACAGUUUUCAUGAGGAUGUGUCUGAGAAACAUCUCCAGGAGCAGCAUGUUUCCCAAGAGGGGGUCAGUGUCUACCGCUCACCCAGAGCUCUGAGGCCACAGCUGGGGUUAGGGGCAGUCGCCAGGCAGCCUGCAGCCAAGGCAAGAGUUCAGCAGACAGGUCAAAGGUCAUCCCCAUUUGUGUCCGCCCAAGGCCACCAGGACCCUGCAGGAGAGCAAAAGAGGUCAGGAGAAAGGGGCCCAGAAACCAGCCCCAAGAGUCUCCUGCUCAAACCAGGCCAGUCUGGUCUCCGUCCUCCAGGCUUCUCGGCCCUGCCAGCUGCCCGUCUGGCUGCCUUUGGCUUCAUCCGGAGCUCCAGCGUCUCGUCUGUGUCCAGCAGUCAGUCUAACGACAGCAGUCAGGGUGAUCCUUGCCGACCCUCUCAGCAUCCUGGCAGCGGCAGCGAUGACACACCUCUCCACAAAACUACAGCGCCCCCCGGUGAAGCCUCCCAUGCUCAGAGCCGGUCUCAGCCUCCCAACGCCCCCAGCCUCCAGCGCCGCAGUCUGCCUCCACAGCGCUGCUCCCCGCUCGCCUCUAGGAGAGAGAUGCAGAAAGACAUAGAAGCAGUGAUGCCCCCAAAGUCCUCUCCUAAAAGAUUUGCAGUGGUUUCGCCCAAACCACAGUCCCCCGUUCGUGGACGGACAGCAGCAGGUCAUGGAGCUGUUCGGACUGACAGGGCCCAGGAGCUGGACCAGGCUCUGAUCCAGCAGCUGCGGGAGCGCUGUGAGCAGCAGGCCCUGCAGCUGCAGAGCCUUCAGGCCCAGUUAAAGAAGGCCUCCCUGUGCCUGGAUGUAUUCAGCAUUACGACCCAGCACUUCUGUCACAAGAGUGAGAAUGCCAUUGUGAAGGAGAGGGAACUGUCCCUGGAGCUCGCCCGAAUCAGGGAUGAAGUGGCUUUCAGCGUUGCACACUGGGAGCAACUGCAGCAGGAGAAGCAGGAACAGGAGCGUCGUUUUGAGGCUGAGCUGCAGGGUUUGCGGGCUCAGCAGCAGAGGGAGCUGGGAGCGCUGGAGGAGCGGCUGAAGGCGCAGCACGCCGCCGAGGCCGAGAUCCUGCAGGCCGAGCAACGACGCGAGCUGGAGGAGCUGCGGUUCAAACAGCAAGAGCAGAUUGAGGAGAUGAGUGAGAACCAUGAGGCUUCCUUGAUGGAAAUGGAGACGACUCACAACGACACGCUGGCCACUCUGCAGGAGGAGCAUGCCAGGACUGUGAAGAAUCUGAAGAUGGCGCAUGAACAGCAGACAAAGUCUCUGGAAGAAGAGUUUGAAAAGAUUAGACUGUCACUGCAGGACCAGGUGGACACGCUGACGUUUCAGAAUCGUAGCCUCAGAGAUCGCGCCAAGCGCUUUGAAGAAGCUCUGCGCAGGAGCACAGAUGAGCAGAUAGUGGAUGCUUUGGCACCAUAUAAACACAUUGAGGAGGACCUGAAGAGUCUGAAAGAAGUUCUGGAGAUGAAGAAUCAACAAAUUCAUCAGCAGGACCUGAAGAUCUCAGAGCUGGAGAAAAUAGCCGAAAAGAAUGUGUACCUGGAGGAGAGACUGCAAGUGUUACAGCAGCAGAACGAGGACCUGAAGGAAAGAAUUGACAAGAACGUUGCUGUGUCCAGGCAACUCUCUGAGGAGAAUGCCAACCUGCAAGUGCACGUGGAGAAGGAGAGCAACGAGAAGAAGCGGCUGAGUCGUACUAACGAAGAACUGCUGUGGCGUCUCCAGACAGGCGAGCUGAGCCCUCGCAUGUCGCCCAGCUCCUCCCCCAUCCAUCGACCCUCCUCUGGACCAGGCUCCCCUGCCCGCCCACACUCCUACCAUCAAUGA